AUGUUCCUCAUGAACGCCCCUCCAGUGGUGGCGCUCCAAUCCAGAUGGGAGGCCUUUGGCCAGCCCAGGAGCUUCUGCUUUCCAGAGUGCUUCUCAGAGUCUAAAGAGGACACGUCCAGGGCUUCAGUGAGUGCAAGGGUGCAGAUGCUCAUCUGCACGCUGCAGAGAGACGAGGCUGCCCUGGGCAUGAGCCAUGAGCGUGGCACACAAAGAGGCCAGCGUGCAGAGAGGUCCCAGGACACGAGGCUGGCCUCCAAGCCUGCUGUGUGCAAAGAACAGCCAGAGUUCCCUGCCUGUGGUCUUGUUGCAAACUGCAGUACCCUGGAGAAAGAUGAAGCUGGGAGACUUGGUCCCUUGGAGCUAGAUUCUGACAGUGAUGACUCCGUGGACAGGGACAUUGAGGAGGCUAUCCAAGAGUACCUGAAGGCAAAGGGUGGGGCUUCUGAACCUAUGUCCCAAGGGCCCCCAUCUAUCCCAGAGCCUGCCCACAGCAACAUCCUGCCUAUCCCGUGUCCCUCACAGCUCACUCCUGGCUCAGGUAGUGUUCCUGUGGAAGCCAGUGAAGACCAGGGCUCCACCUCCCCAGCUAGCAUAAGCAGCGAGGACUCCUUUGAACAGAGCAUCCAAGCUGAAAUAGAACAGUUUCUUAAUGAGAAAAGACAGCAUGAACACCUGAAGUAUGAUGGGUCUGUGGAUAAAAAAUCAGACCCAAACAACAGCCCUGCCAGACUUGGAGGGAACCGAGAAACCUCAGCCAGGGCAGCUCUGAUAGGAACCUGUAAGGAGUUCAUCUUCCGAAAACCUCCCAGACUAACAAAGACGAGCACACAGCUCAGAAACUUCCAGCCUAAGCUCACCACAGAGCCUGAGACCCCAGUGAGCACAAAACUGACCACCCACAGACCAGAGGCUGCACAGAACAGGGGUGGAGUAAGGAGGAGCUUGCCUGCCAGGCGCAGCAAGCGCAUCAGGAGCUUGGCCCCAGCACACCAGGCAUCAGACUCUAGCAGUGACGAUGGCAUUGAGGAGGCCAUCCAGCUGUACCAGCUGGAGAAAACCAGAAAGGAGGCCAGUGGAGACCCACCUCUGAGAGCCCAACUGAAAGAAGAAAGCCCUGGCAGUGCCCAGCCAAGUGCCUUGCCUGAAGUCCACAGGAGACCCCCUAGCAAGAAGAGGCUGGCAGUUCCAAAGGUUAUGGACACCACCCAGGGGGGCCUCCACCCUGAUCCCCUCUCCAAACUCCUAACGGAAUCGAGAGCCUCUGUACCUCCUGGACACACAGCUGCCAAGAGUGAAGCUGUACACCAGGCCUCACGCCUAGCAGACACAUCCACUGAACUGAUGUGUGCAGAAGCUAUCCUGGACAUCUCUAAGACCAUCCUGCCAGCCCCCAUGGAAGGCAGUGACAGGCCUCCAUCCAGGAACCCACUCUUCUGUCCCCAACCCAUGCCUCUCCGCUCUGAAGGUGACAGCAGCAACAUUGAUAGUGAUGACAGCAUUGAGCAGGAGAUCCGGACAUUUUUGGCUCUUAAGGCACAAGUAGGGAGUCCUCAGCCUUCCCAGGGUCCACUGUCCUCACCUGGCCCCAGUGGCCAGCCUGGCAUCCCCAAGGCACCUCUUGCUAAAACACCAGAUCUCCCUCUGAGCUGCAAACGGAAACGGAGAGGUGGGGCCAGUACUAGAGUGUCAAAGAAAAUAAGGGAGGGUAGAGAAAGUGCCCAGGACAGUGACCAUAUCCAGGGGAAGGUUCAGCCUGACCAUGAUGGGUGGGACCCUCUCGGGCAGAGCAAAAUCACAGAGACCCCAGGAGGAGAGGCUGAAGCCAAGGACCAGCCUGUUACUUCCAGGACAGUUGGGCUCAGUGAUACACACCUAUCCCAAAGCCAUAGGGCCCUCGGGAAGGCCAGUGAGAAGGAAAGCUCUGAGGAUAAGAGCAGUUCUUUGGACAGUGACGAGGACCUAGACAUGGCCAUCAAGGACUUAUUAAGAUCCAAGCGCAAGUUUAAGAAGAGGUUCCGAGCCCCACGGACUUCGUGUAAGAAGGUCAGAUUUGGCAGCACAGAGACUCAGUGUGGGGAGAAGCUGAGCAACCUUCCAGGGGAUGGGAAGGACCACAGACAGCAGGCGCUACGGAGCUGUCUGCCCAGGUGCAGAGGGGACAACAAAGACAGCCCAAGACGAAGUCCAGGAAGUGCCUUCAGCAGCAUGGCAGAGAGGGCGAAGCUGGGUGGCACAGGGGGUGAGGACGCAACCCCCGCCGUUCUCCCCAAGAGGAAAAAUCCAGAAGGGGCUCCUCCAUCUAAGGACACAGGAACCAGUGGCCACCUUCCAUCAGCCUCCAGCCCCACAUCUGAGGACAGCACAGUGGACAGUGAUGACAGCAUUGAGCUGGAGAUCAGGAGGUUUUUGGCAGAAAAGGCCAAGGAGUCUAUACGCAACACAGAACCUCGAGGGGCCCCUGCCAAGCCGGAGAUGCCCUGUAGGAAAGAGCCAACCCUGGGGUUGCAGCCUGGAGUGUGCACACGGAGCCAAAAAGCCAGGGGAACCCCUCAGCUGGCCGAAGGAAGGAGAGGCCCAGAGAGAGGUUGGACACAGGCCACCAGCCUCUUGAGCCAGACUGGGAAGGGUACCCUCCGUGCUGAGAAGGCCACGCGCCUCACCACUGCCCUGGGCCGAAGCGAGGCAGCACUACCCAAGAACACCAGCAGGAACGACUCUGCCAAAGCAUCUCCACCAAGCAGGAAGAGUGCUAAUGUUCACAAAGACCAUGGCCCACAGGGAAGCCAGACCACAGUGGCAGAAAGUGUGUUUGGUCAGCUGCCCAGUUGUGCCAAAGUGGGUGCCGAGGCUGGAAGUGCUGGGGGGACCUUUCACCUGAACUAUGGCAAUCCAAACUUGCUAACCCCCAACCCUGGAUCCCAGGCUGACCUUGCCCUCUCUUGGAGUGACUUUGCACACCAGACCAGGCUAUCCAGCCCAUGGGUGCUGAACUCAGGUCAAGGCACAGUAUGGACAGGGGUCUUUCAGGGUGAGAAGGAAAAGGGGACCACACCACAGGCUGGGGGCUCACCCAGCCUCUCAGGCCCCAGGAAGGGCUUGCCUUUCCUCUCCACCCAGCUCUUCCACUUCAGGAAGAAUGUUUCUUGGGGGGUCAAGCAGGCUGGCCUCUUCAGCCCCAAUGUGGGCUUACCUCUGCAGGGUCCAGCGUUCUCAACCUUCAGAGAGACCCAGCCUGGCCACAACCCUGUAUUUGGAAGCCCACACUUGCUAAUGCAGGACGGUGUGAAAUGGCCAAGCCGGAAGGCUCAAGGGACCCUGAGACAGCAGGACAGGAGGAAUUCUGACUCUGAUGAUAAAGUUCUAGACCUGAGAUAUCGGCACAGAGUUGACAGGGAACAGCAGGACCAGGAGACCUUGGGUAGUGAUGCCAGCGAAUUCAGUGACACUUCCAUGGAGGAUGGGGCAGUGCCACAGUGAGCAGUAAAGGCCUCAAGUUGUGACAGGCAUGUUGUGGCUCUUACCAUAGCUGUGGGAAGCAGUGUUCAUGUUUUGUCUGAUGUACCUGCGUGCAUGCCUGAGUGUGUGUG